CUGUCCUCGAGUCGGAGACUUGAAUAACAAUACUAAGUAAAAUGGAAAUGAAAUUGGGUGUUUAGGCUGCACUAUGACGAAGCAAUUUCAAGCUCAUGAUGCCCCACCCUCCAUCUAUCCUUAUUAUCUUUAUUUGUAUUUUACUCGAUUUUUUUCGCCUGAACCUUCUCUCUUUUGCAUUUCCACCCUGUUACCUUAUUUUGACUUUCCGAGGCCACAAAGGAUCGUCUUUGACAAUUGGAUACACUAGCCUAUUCAUUACCGUCUCGUGUCAUAACAGAAUGAACAAAAACCCCCGAGCCACAAAAGAGGCGGUCGAUGUGCUGGUCGAGAGCGUGGCCGUCCUGCAAGUGUUUCUGCAUCAAGUGGAGUCGAGGACCCAAACGGAUUUAGAAAAGAUGUGACGGCGGAUCACGCCCUAACCACCGCACGUACCUGGAACCACUGACCAUCACAAUUCUG